AUGCAGAUGAGAAUUUUGCCCAUCUCUGGUGUCGAGUUACCGUGGGACCGGUUGCGUCGGAAACCGGAAGAAAACGUUUCCUUUUGGGAGCACGGAUCAGGAAGGUCGAGAAACGACCUGUAAGUGGUCACUGUGGAUGGUGGCCGGAUGACGGUGCAGUGACGAGCCCGCUACGCCGAAGAGUGUUUCGGUAGCUUGAACUGACGUUUGAACUGAACUACCUGUGCGCGUGUACGAGACGUGAAGGUGUUGAGAUCGCGCGCGAGCAUCGCUGGGAUCGAUCCCGCUGGAUUCCACGUCGCGUCUCGAUCUCGCGAUCGUUUGGAACGACGCGUUUCCUGCUGCAUUUGCUAGCAGCAGCUGAGGGAGUAAGGAUCCACAGCCUGGAGGUGCAACGCGGACCAUCCGACGCAGCACGUCCAAAUCCGAAGCAUAUCACCCAACGCAGACCGCUCGAAGCGAACGAUCCAAAGCAGGUCGUUCGAGCAGAUCCCUCCAACGAAGUCCCAGUUUCCGAAGCUCGGAGGUACACGGUGACCCGCGACUACAUCUGCGUUCGACGUCUGCGGCGACGGUGGCCGCGGGGAGGCGGUGGGACGCCGUCGAAGACGAUGAGGAUCGGAAGAGAGGAGGUGUUUACGGGCGAUGGCUGAUCGCGCUAUGCUCGCGGCAUAUAAGAACGCGCGAAGACGUGCGUUCGCCGCGCUUCACGCGACUCCGAAUUCGACGCUCGAAGUUCCAUCGCGGGACGCAACGAUCGGCCGCACGAGAACUCUGCGGAACGGGAAUCGCGUUCACCAGUUGACCGAGGACAAGCCUCGCGGAGGACGUGCUAUUUUCUCGUACUCUUGUUGCUAGUGUCACCGCGACGCCACUCAACGUCGCGUCGUCACCCUUGCUAGAUCUCGCGACGCAUUCACGGCGAUGGCCACGGUAGCGCCUUGAUUAAAAGUGACAUUCGUCGUGAUUGAUAUCCUGGGUGGCACGGGGAAUCGAGUGUUUGUGGUUGUUUGAAUAUUUUGGGGGGAAUUCGGGACGAGAUAAGAGAUUCUUAGUGAAGAACAGAGAGAGGAGGGUUCGAGGGUGAUCGGAGCGAAGGAGGUAGUUGUUUGGUGGUGUUUGGCUCUUGGGACAUUUUUAAAAACUCUCUACCGGGUAAUUUAAUAUCCGAAAGAACCGGUUUCAAAGAGAAGAGUAAGAAGAGGACAACCGCGUGCAGCAGAAAGUUCGAUGGUGCCUGGGACCAUAUCUGGUUAAACUUGUCUUGACAUUUGAUUUUUCUCGGGAAGAGGUAGAAAAUUCUGUAGCGCGUAACAUUUUCAAACAGUUUGACGUAGAGUGUGUUUGGUGGGUGUAGUAAGAAAAAAGUGAAAAGUAGGGGGUGGAACAGCGACAAUCGAGCAGUCGGCGUUCAUGUCCUCGAGAGCGCGUCGCGGCGGUCAUGCCGCGUGAUUCAAGGGUGCAGGUCUGUCGGGUACCCGUCGCAUCGCGGAGCAUCGCGGUCGAGGUGUCGUUCAAACGCGGCGGAGCCUAACGCCGGAAACAUGAGCUCGAUCGACUUCGACGAGGUGUUGGUGCACGUGGGCGAGAAGGGCAAAUACCAGAACAUCAUGUACUAUCUUCUCUGCAUACCGGCCACUCUGCCUGCCGCAUUUCUCGCCUUCUCGCAAGUGUUCGUGAGCGCGUCGCCAGACCACUGGUGCAGAGUCCCCGAACUGGAGAAUCUGACGGAGUUGAUGACGCUGCAAGAACGGAAGACCCUGUCCGUACCGUACAUCGAGAAGUCCGAUGGGAAGCUUAAGUACUCGAAAUGCACGAUGUACGACGUGAAUUACACGGCGAUCAUCGAGUCGUGGCUGGACCGAGGGAUUCUCGAAAACGCGACGGACGGGGGAGAGUAUCGUUUGAGGGAUAGGUUACCUCCACCACCUGUUGCUAGUCCUGAUUGGCCAGUGUCCAAGUGUAGACACGGCUGGGUCUACGACAAGCGGGACUACGACAGCACCCUCGUCACCGAGCUAGACUUGGUAUGCGACAACAGCUGGUGGCCUUCCACCUCUACGACCUUCUUCUACGUCGGUAGCCUCUUCGGGAACGUCGUGUUCGGCUGGAUCGCCGACAAAUGGGGCAGAAGAACGGCCUUCUUCGCCAUACUGUUUCUCGAGGUGAUCAUCUCGAUCGCCACCAGCUUCAGCCCCAACUACGUGAUCUACACAGCGUUGAGGACCGUGAACGGUCUCUUCUUCCCCGCCAUCUAUCAGAUACCCUUCAUACUGGCCCUCGAGUUGAUGGGCCCCAGGUACAGAACCUUCGCUGGGAUGGUGAUUUGCAUGUUCUUCGCGUCAGCCAUGUCUCUUCUUGCCUUGCUGGGUUACUUGCUGAGGCACUGGUUCACCCUGUCUCUGGCGACCUCCGUUCCAUUCGUCCUCCUGUUCAGCUACUACUGGAUCAUUCCAGAGUCGCCGAGGUGGCUCCUCAGCAAAAACAGGAUAGACGAGGCGGAGGUGAUUGUCCAGCGAAUGGCCAAGAUCAACGGGAAAACGGUCCCCAGCAAUUUUCUCAGAAAGAUGGAGAUGGAGAUCCUGAGGAGGCAGGGGGUUUCCUGCAACGGGACGAACUCCGGCGAGAACGAGAUGGUGGACGUCGAGGACAGGUCGCCGCCACCGUCAGCGACGCCCAUGGACCUGGUCAGGAAUCCCAACAUCAGGAAGAAGUUCUUCAUCCUGGCGUUCGACUGGGUGGCGAACGCUGUCGUGUACAACGGGUUGUCCUACAACACGACCAACCUGGGGGUCUCCGAUUACUUGGCGUUCUUCAUCGGUGGUCUGGUGGAGAUACCGUCCUACGUCAUCACGUGGUACGCGAUGGACAGGCUAGGCAGAAGAUGGGUCCUGUGUCUAACCAUGCUCCUAGGUGGGGUCGCCUGCGUCUCCUGCAUGUUUGUUUCCGAAGACGCGGUCUGGGUGACGGUGUGCCUGGCGAUGAUCGGGAAAUUUGGGAUCGCAGCCUCGUUCGCCGUGUUUUACGUUUUCGUGGGGGAGCUACUGCCCACUGUGCUGAGGUCCCAGGCGAUGGGCAUCGCCUCGUUUAUCGCUGGGAUAGGUUUGCUAGCGUUUCCAUAUAUAGUCCACCUGGCAGUCUACUCGAGGGUUCUUCCUCUGAUCAUAAUGGGCACGUUAAGUGUCGCUGGGGCGCUCACGUCCAUCUUCCUCCCGGAAACCCUCAACAUUCACCUGCCGCAAACGAUCGAGGAGGGCGAACUCUUCGGGGCUGAUUUCAAACUCUGGUCCUGCCCGACGUUACCAAAGAAGCGGAGGAAGUCGGACAAAUGCGAGGCUGUGCCCCUGAGGUACCUGGUGAACGGGAGGCCAGGGAAUCGAUCCUCGCCGUCCAGGUCGCAGGACGAGGACCAGGAGGACGAGAACUCCUUUCAGGCCUCCAAUGGUCAGGAAGAGCAACUGUCGUGGAAACCCAGCGCAACAGACGGCAGAGAGGAGUACGCGGAACGCGAUGAAAAGUGCGUGGACGCGGUAGUCGUCGUUGAACACAGAAGGACGCAAUGAAUCUGUGGCUGCUCGGUGCAAUUGCCCUUCACGACUUUGUAUUAUAAAUAUCAGUAUAGAGACGCGUCCGUAUUUA